AUGCCGCAAACCACUCUCAACACCCUUCGCGGCGUCGCCGCCGCCGGUGGUGCCUCGCGCAUGGCCACCCGCCAGCUCCGCGCUCCCGUCUCUCGUGCCUUUUCCUCCUCUGCCCGUAACCAGUCUGUUCGCCUCGCUGCGCGCGCUCUCAGGAAACCCUCCGCCCUUUCCAGCGCCCUCAGGACGCAAGCCGUCGCUAAGCUGCCCGCGAGGCCCUACUCAUCCGAAGCUCCCAAGAGCAAGAGGCCCGGUGCCAUCAGGUUAACUUUUCGAUGGAUUUGGAGGUUAACCUACCUCUCCGUCCUCGGCUACGUUGCUUAUGUCGGCUACGCUGUCUACGAGGACAAGCACCCUCCUGCGCAGUCGCCUCCUGACCCGACAAAGAAGACACUUGUGAUUCUCGGUAGGUCGAUUUCCAGUUCAAUUGAUUCCCAUUACGCCUCUGGUUUGCAGCGCUUGCUCUUUCCCACCUCAUCCGCAGCCUAG